CGCAGGGGGCGGAGGCAGGGGGCGCCCCCGGCCAGGAUGCUGCGGUUCCUGCGCCGGACCUUUGGCCGCCGCUCCAUGCAGCGCUACGCGCGGGGCGCGGCGGGGCGCGGGGCCGCCGGGCUGGGGGACGAGCGCGACGGGGGGCCGCGAGGGGGCCCGGCCGCCGCCGCCAGCUCCUCGGUGCUGCCCGCCGCGCCCGGGGGCAGCGUGUUCCCGGCCGGCGGCGGGCCCCUGCUCACGGGCGGCGCGGCUGUGCACAUCUCCGCCUCAGGAGCUGCCAAGGCCACCCUUUACUGCCGUGUCUUCCUGCUCGACGGAACCGAAGUGAGCGUGGACCUGCCGAAACAUGCCAAAGGCCAGGAUUUGUUCGACCAGAUUGUGUACCACUUGGACCUGGUGGAAACAGAUUAUUUUGGUCUGCAGUUCCUCGACUCUGCCCAGGUCACGCACUGGCUGGAUCACUCGAAACCCAUAAAGAAACAGAUGAAAGUUGGACCUGCCUAUGCUUUGCACUUUCGAGUCAAAUACUAUUCUUCAGAACCAAACAACCUUCGAGAGGAAUUUACAAGGUACCUGUUUGUUUUGCAACUCAGGCAUGACAUUCUUUCUGGAAAACUGAAGUGCCCCUAUGAAACGGCCGUGGAACUAGCCGCCCUCUGUCUGCAAGCGGAGCUAGGAGAGUGUGAACUCCCGGAGCACACACCAGAGCUUGUGUCUGAGUUCCGGUUCAUCCCAAAUCAGACAGAAGCCAUGGAGUUCGAUAUCUUCCAGAGAUGGAAAGAGUACAGGGGAAAGAGCCCUGCCCAGGCGGAACUCUCCUAUCUGAACAAAGCGAAGUGGCUGGAGAUGUAUGGGGUGGACAUGCAUGUUGUCAGGGGAAGAGAUGGCUGUGAAUAUUCUCUUGGACUGACCCCGACAGGCAUAUUAAUCUUUGAAGGAGCUAACAAAAUAGGCUUAUUCUUUUGGCCUAAGAUCACUAAAAUGGACUUUAAAAAGAGCAAACUGACCCUCGUAGUGGUGGAGGAUGAUGACCAGGGGCGAGAGCAAGAGCACACCUUCGUGUUCAGGCUGGACAGUGCACGCACCUGCAAGCACUUGUGGAAGUGUGCCGUGGAGCACCAUGCCUUCUUCCGUCUGCGCACACCCAGCAACAACAAGUCCGCCAGAUCGGACUUCAUCCGGCUGGGUUCCCGCUUCCGGUUCAGUGGACGGACGGAAUAUCAAGCUACGCACGGCUCCAGAUUGCGAAGAACCAGCACCUUUGAGAGGAAGCCUAGCAAACGUUACCCAUCCCGGCGACAUUCCACAUUCAAAGCGAGCAACCCAGUGAUUGCGGCUCAGCUCUGCUCUAAAACAAAUCCUGAAGUCCAUAAUUACCAGCCUCAGUACCAUCCUGACGUCCACCCCAGCCAGCCCCGGUGGCCUCCUCACUCUCCAAAUGUCAGCUACCCGCUCCCGUCCCCAGCGCUCAGCCCCACAGAAAGGCUGCCUUUCGGCCUCGAGGAGAACGGGGGCACACCAUUUGCUCCCAAAGCUUCGGGGAGGCAUCACCACCAGCACCAGCACCAGCACCAGCACCACUCCAACUACGGCCUUUCGCUGACCCUGGAGAAUAAGGAGGCGCCACUGAGGUCCCCGAACUCUAGCAAGGCCCUCACCAAACUGAGUCCAGGGCCUGCCCUGUACAGCGAAGCAGCCGCCCAUCUGAAGAAGCUGGAGCUGGAGACAGUGAAGGCUGCGGGACCCUGGCCUGCCCUGCAUAUCAACAUAAACAAGGCCGAGGAAAAGAAAGUUUCAGAGAAGACCCUUCAGACCCCGCUCCUGCCUUCGCCGGUGGCAGAUCACGUGAAGUGCAACAUUUUGAAAGCACAGCUGGAGAACGCCUCGCGUGUGAAUGCCCAGAUUGGAAAAGAGGAGCCCCCGUUUGUAAAUAUCAAUAAGAAAUCGAGUCUCCAGGACACCAAUGUCAGAAGCCCCAUUCCUAUCCGUGUGGAAACAGCCCAGCCAGCCGUGGAGAAGCCGGAAAUCAAGCCUCCCAGAGUGAGGAGGUUAACCAGGCAGUAUAGUUUUGAUGAAGAUGACCUCCCUCCAGACCUUGCUGAGGCAGUGGGAGUCACCACAGCCACAACCACAACCACCACGAUGUCUGCCACUCAAGUUUCGGUGUCGCUGGUGUCCCCCAAAAUCCAGAAAGUCAGCUCGCCUCAGAAGUCAGAAGUCAAGAGCCCACUGUCGCCGGGGGCCAAGAGUCCCUCUGACCACGGAGGCACCUUUACCCUGGGGCCGGGCGACUUGCUGAUGGACUUUACAGAAGUCACUCCUCUGGCAGAGCCCGCCAGCAGCCCCCACUGUGCAUUCUCUCGAUGCUCUCCUCCACUCUCUCUCCCCAUGAAGGAAGAGACCACUGGAGUUUGCAUGUACCCUCCAAUCAAAACGAGGCUGAUAAAAACGUUCCCUGCAGAACCAGUGAUGAAUCCGUUUCCUGAUCCCUUUACCACAGGACCACAGUUCACUGCAGACUUUAGAGAGAACAAAUUACAGUGCUAUCCUGGCCAGUCUUCCCCCUUGAUUCCAACAGCAACUCUGCGGCCACUGACAGAGACUGUGGCCACAGUACAGACCAUCUACACCUCCCGGAAGCCCGUCUCUCUGGCAGCCAGUGCGGAGACGCUCCGGCAGGAACUGGAAAGAGAGAAGAUGAUGAAAAGAUUGCUGAUGACCGAACUGUGACACUCCACCCUUGCUGCCUGGAGAUGGCAUGGUGCCUUCGUCCACUUCCUUUCCUCGGGCUCGGUGGUGUGCUCACUGCGGCACGACAUACAGAUGUGUGCUCCGUUCGCCCAGGUCUCCAGGGUUAGCGGAAGCCAGCUUCCGGCUUGACUUCGUUGGAAAAGUUAUUUUACGUCUCCUGAGCAUGAGAGGUUUUUCUACUGCUCAAUGCAGUGGAGACAGGGUUUGGUAGGAAGUUUCCAGAAGAAAGGGGAUUUCUAUUCAGAGGUACCUGUGUGUAUCUGUUAGUAACCCCAGGGGCUGAUGCAGCACAGAAUCUUAUGCAUACACUCUCAACGAUACGACUUUUUUUAGGAUUGACAUUUGCACCAAGCUUUGGCUGUUUGUUAAAUGGGUCAUUUUAUGAGAGAAUAAUUCUUUACUGCUGGUUUUCCAUUUACACUGAAUAAUACACAGAUCUUAUAAAGUUAUUUAUUUUUAUUCAGACAUGAAUAGAUGAAUGGGGAAAAGUUACAUCUUAUACAACUAAAGAUACUUCAUCUUAACCUGAAAUACAAUUGAAUGUGUGACCUUGUUGGAUACAAAACAACUUGGGAUAAAUGGAAUUUAUCUUUGAUGCCCAUAUAGGAAAUUCUAACUUACAUUGUCUAAAAAAAUCUUCACAGGGUCAAGAUGAUUCAGUAUCAGGAAGAUUCAUUUGGCUUUCCAUAAAGACAAAUUAGUUCUAAAUUCCAUCCACUCUAACCAUGUUGAUAGGAUCUGACCCAGAAGAAACUUAACUCCCUUUUUAUAUAAUUUCAAGAAAUGUGUUUUUAAAUUUUUAUUAUGCACUUGAAUAACUUUGCAGGACUUAAGGAGCCCCUAUCCGCAGCUAGCUCUCAAGUUCUUCCUGCUUCACUGAUACGCUGUUUUUACAUAGCUGUGCUCAGCACUGACAUUCCUUUUGUUAUAUUUCUUUACCUAACACAUCUCCUUACGAGUCAGAUACUUUCACUAACUUAAACGUCUUUAUAUUCACAUGACGCAGUUAACCUCACUUCUACCCAUUAAUAGAUAUUUGAGUUAUAUGCAAAUUUUCACACUUAUAAAUAGUGCUGCUAUGAAUGUCUUUGUAAAAAAAUAUAUAAAUAAAUAAAUAUAUAUAUAAAAUCCUUCUCUUGGAUUAUUCCCUCCGGAAUAUCUCCAAAGAGGGAUUACAAAAUCAGAGAGCAUGAAGUAUUUUAUAGCUCUUGUUUUAUAUUGCCAGAUUGCUUUCUAGAAAGAUCCAAUCUUUGGAUUGGAAGGACCUUAAAGGUCAUCUCAUUUAAACUUCCCCUCCUCUGAAUGCUUGAAUCCCCUCAACAAUUUAUAAUGCCACCAGCAAUGUAUAAGCAUUUCUAUUUACCAAUAGCUCUGCCAGUUCUGAGUUUUGCUAUUCUAAUUUAUUUUUUGCUAGUUUAAUAGAUGUGUAUAGCUAUUCUUGAGAAGCUGUCUUAUUUGAUGAACUGCUAGCAAGGCUGAACACUUUUCUGUGUGAUGAGUUACGUACGAGCUGUGUUUUUCUUGUAUGUAAACUGUCCACAUCCAUUUCUUAUGACUGCUUGUUCAAUAGAACUGAUCUCGUACCUUUGUAUCAGAACUGUAUUUUUAUGUUGUAUUGAAGUUUGCCCUCUCCCUACCCCUACAAAUGAAUGGUGCCAAUAAUUUGAUACUAAUGACUAUAAAAAUUGCCUCACUGACUAGCGUUGAUGCAAAUGAGGUAUGUAAACAGGUAUUCAGAUAACCAAGGAGUAACCCUUUAAGAACUGACUCUUCACAAAUUAAUAUUUUUUGAUCGAAUUCUUUAUAGGAUGAAUGGCACAUUUAUUUCCCUGCCUUAGUGCACAGAGUGUCCUGGAAGGUCUUCAGCCCUUUCCUGAUGAAUCCUGGUUGUCGGUACACAUAUCAGACCCUCCUGGACCUUGGUAUGGUACCAAAAAAAAUUGUCAGGAGGAGCUAUUGACAUGUGCAGGGCUUGCUGUGACCUUAUAUAGGCCAUGACCCCGCCUCAUCAAUAGCUCUUUAUAGUUGUCCUGCUGUUUCCGUGGAGCUGUCUGGGGAAAGUGUAGGGACGGGUAGGUGCUUUGCACCCACAUAGCCCCUAGAUGUACUAGCAAAAUGGCUUUGGCUGUCCUCUAUCAUGUGCACGUGACACAGACUAUGUUCUUGUAGAACAUGGGGUUGUCACCUCCUGCCUACCUGGCAGCUGCUGCUUCCUCACUGAGCUGCUCUCUGCAGUGUGCGCUCCUCCCCCUGCUCUCUGAUGGAAACCUCCAGAACACAGCAGGUUUCCGAGGCGUUCAGGACACACGUGUAUCCCACGUGUAUGACUUGCUUUGUUUCUGAGCAAGGGUGCAUGGAGGGUUGGGCUGCUGCUUUCAGGAGGCUUACAAGCUCCUACAUUGUCCCCCACCUCUCCCUUGGGCUCACAAGAGUCUCAAGGAGGGGACAUCACUGCAAGCCUGAGCAGAAACACGCUGAUUGCUAUUGUAUGUGAAAACCCAGUACCACUGGCAGUUCACCCCAACCAAUGAAGUCCAGAGAAGUAUAUUGCUGCAGUGGCACCACCUUUUGCCUACUUAAAUGUAUGGUGGGUGCUUGGCAUUGGGACUUGAGGUGGUAAGGCUGCCCUGGGCGAACUCACAAUGACUGAAAGGAGUUGUGCAAUUCUUACCUUCUUUGUCUACUUUAGACCCAAGCAACAGCUCUAGAAGGCAACACAACACCCACUGUGGAUUCCAGAGGAGAGGAGAGAGUCCGCUAACAUAAUCACUACAGAGCUGGACUCCAGACUGUGGUCUCAGAUUCCUAGUUGGGAAGUCAUAGUGUGUUACUGCAGAGGUCUGGUACUCCUCAACCCAUAGAGUUGACAGCUUAGGGACCGCACAGAUCUUUAGGUGUGAAGAGGGAAGUGUUUAGCAUUCAGAAAUUCCCACCAGGGUUCAUCUGGAAUUUUAUUUCCCAAAGAGCACAGGAAGAUCCUGAUAUCGUUGUUAUCCUUCACCAUUUCAGAGAUCACAGACCUUUAAAGUCUUUGAAUAAAAUCUGCCAUUUUAAUGAUUUUAAAGUGUACACCUCAGUGUCCUUCAACAUAUCCAUGACGCUGGGCAAACACAAUCUGACUUAUGACUCUGCCCCUCCCCCCAGCAGCUACCAACCACCCCCCACCUGGCCUGUAGGUUUCUGAUUAUGAAUUUGCUUAUCCUGGACGCAUCAUAUAUCUGGAAUCAUAUAGUCUGUGGGCUUCUGUGAUAAGCUUCACUCAUUUAACCAUGUUUUCAAGGUUCGGCUAUGUCAUAGUAUGUAUCAGAACGUCAUUCUGUCUCUGUGACUGAAUAAUGGAGAAAAGGCUACCAUGUUUUGUUUAUCUAUUUAUUCAGUUGGCAGAUAUUUGGGUUGCUCCAGUUUGGGGGCUAUUAUGAGCGAUGAUUUUUACGAACGUUCAUGCACACGUGUUUUUUCGUGUGAACAUAUGUCUUGGGUUCUUUUGGAAUUGCCAAAUCAUACAGCAACCCUAUGUUUAACUUUCUGAGGGACUUCCAAGAUCACAGCUUUUAUAUCUCAUGAAAUUCAAAGUGAAAAAUGGCACGCACCAGGUGGUCAGGGGCAGGGCACAUCUGUUCCUGGUUGGAUACUGAAUGGUAGCACCAAUCUGGGGAUGUUUUAUAACAGAAACAAAAGGGGUCCUUUUGAGAAAUUAUUUUGAUGAGAAAGAAAUA